AUGGACUCAGCCACAGAUCAGACAAUCCUUCGUCACGAGGUGGCGGAGGUGACCUUUGGUUUCUAUAGUGACGCUGAGAUCCGCGAUCUGAGCGUCAAAAAGCUCACGAGUCGCCUGAGUUUCGAUGCACUUAAUAAUCCUAUGGUAGGCGGUCUGUAUGACCCGGCACUGGGUCCCAUCGACUUCAAUAUGAUCUGCCUCACGUGUCAUCAAACGCAGAAAGAAUGUCCUGGACAUCUUGGGCACCUCGAGCUGCCUGUGCCCGUGUACAACCCCGUGCUUUUUGGUCAGAUGCUCAAUCUACUCAAGCGCAAGUGCUUUACGUGCCACAAGUUCCGUGUCGCUAGCGCACGCUCGCGUGUGGUGCGUGUAAAGAUUCUGUUACUGGACAAUGGUUUUCAGAACGAGACGGACCAGUUGGAUGAGCUGCUUGAGCAGCGUAAUGGCGUGGAGGAUGAGCCACCUCAGCGCACAUUCCAGCGCCAACAGGCCAUUCUAGACGAGUACGAGCGACUUGCUCUGUCUAAUAGUAACAACAAGAUGAAUGGUAAAGCGCAGCUGCUACGUCCACUACCUCGUCUUGCUGAAGUAACUCGCGAGAAACUGAUAGCCGAGUUUCUAAAGGGGAUGAAGAACAAUUGCGAGAAUUGUGGAGCCAUUUCGCCUGCUAUCAGACAAGAUGCCAACGCCAAGAUCUUUCUGAAGGGACUCAGCGCUCGUUCACGUAAGGUGAACAGAUCGAAGAACUUGACGGUGACGUCGGCUCUGGACACAAUUCGUGGCAAUUUGUCGGACAAGGACGAUGAAGGUAUGAAUGGCAACGACUCUGAGUCGGAAAUAGAGGAUGACGAAGAUGCGUAUGCUACAACUGAAGAUUCUUCCUCGCGUAGCAAAUACUUGCCACCUCUGGAGGUCCAGUCGCAGCUGCAGCUGAUGUGGCAGAAUGAAGAUGGUCUUAUGGAGCUGCUCUAUGGCGACCGCAAUAUUGCCAGUGGCCGUACAUCUGCGCGUAAGCCUGACGGCUGGCGCAAGUUUUUCUUAAACGUGAUUCCCGUUGCACCUUCGCGUUUCCGCCCACCUGUGUUCAUGGGUGACAAGCAGUUUGAGCACGCCCAGAAUUCUCAUCUGUCUAAGAUUAUGGCCCUUAGUGAAAGUAUUGUUCAGGGCGAUUACUAUAAGCGUCAGUCCGCUACUACUUCUGAUGAAGAUGAUGCUAAAAAGGAGGAGCAGGUGAAUCUCUCGCGCAAGCUUGCUUUGUGGACGGAGCUGCAAAACGCUGUAAAUCUUCUCGUGGACAGCAGUAAAGCCAAGCCCGGUGUAGACGUUGCUCAGGGUAUUAAACAGGUUAUUGAAAAGAAGGAGGGUCUUUUCCGCAAGCACAUGAUGGGUAAGCGUGUAAACUACGCCGCUCGUUCGGUCAUUUCUCCUGAUCCGUACAUCAGUACUAGUCAGAUUGGCGUCCCGCUUCGUUUCGCCAAGACACUUACAUACCCUCAGCCGGUGACACCAUGGAACGUGGAGGAAAUGCGCCAGCUCGUCGUCAACGGACCGGAUGUGCACCCUGGUGCAAAUUUUGUGGAGAGCGAGAAUGGUCGCCUGAUUGAUUUGAGCAAGCGUUCUCCGCACCAACGUGAAGCUAUCAGUAAGACGUUGCUUACGAGGUCAGUCAGCGCUCAAGGUACGAGCAAGAAUCGCGUGAAGCGCGUGUGGCGUCACCUGAAGACUGGUGACGUUGUGUUAAUGAACCGUCAGCCGACCUUGCACAAGCCGAGUAUUAUGGCUCAUACCACGCGUGUUCUUACAAACCCAAAAAUGCAAACGAUACGUAUGCAUUACGCAAACUGUAACACGUUUAACGCCGAUUUUGAUGGCGAUGAGAUGAACAUGCACUUUCCGCAAAAUGAGCUGGCACGUUCGGAAGCAUACAACAUUGCAUGUAACGACAACCAGUAUAUUGUGCCGACAGAUGGCUCACCACUGCGUGGUCUUAUCCAGGAUCACGUUGACUCGGGUGUGAAGCUUACGCAACGUGAUACAUUCCUGACGAAGGAUAUGUACAUGCAGCUUCUGUACAAUGCCUGGGCCAGCAUGGAGGAUGCUGGAGCGGACGUGGCGCACAUCGAAACCGUGCCACCUGCGAUUCUCAAGCCGAAGCCGCUCUGGACGGGCAAGCAAGUGAUCACUUCGAUUCUAAAGCUGCUGACGAAGGGCCUGCCGUCUUUAAACCUCGACAGCAAGUCUAAGAUUAAGGGUGAUUUGUAUGGAUCAUCCAACAGCGAGCAUAUUGUAAUCUUCCGCGAUGGAGAGCUACUUCAGGGUGUUCUAGACAAGAGUCAGUUUGGUGCAAGCAUGUACGGCAUGGUACACGCUUGCUACGAAGUGUAUGGUGCUCGCAUCGCAGCCGAUUUUCUAUCUGCGCUUGGCCGCUUGUUCACGUGCUACUUGCAAUUUGCCGGACAUACUUGUGCAAUGGAGGAUUUGACGCUUAACGUUGCGGCCGAAAAGCGUCGUAGCAAACUUGUCAAGGAGUCGGAGGUCAUGGGUGAAGAAGCCUACGCCGAGUUUGCCGGUCUUGCUGAUAUGCUCGAGAAGAAGCAUGCAUCUGAGAAGGAUGGCAAGAAGCGCCGUAUGAACGAGGAGGAGCGUGCGCAGAUCCGCGAUCGUAUGCGUACACUGCUAUCUGGACCAGAUGCUGAUGACAACGCUAAAGCACUGGAUGCCCACAUGAUGGGCUGCGUGCACGGAUCCAACAGUGACAUUAUAAAGACGUGUCUACCAUCGGGUCAGUCGAAGGCGUUUCCGAAGAAUAACUUUUCUCUCAUGGUACUGACUGGUGCAAAAGGUUCCAUGGUGAACCACUCACAAAUUUCAUGCGGACUCGGUCAACAAGCCCUUGAAGGCCGUCGUGUCCCUAUCCUCUGCAGUGGUCGGUCACUCCCGUCGUUUGAGCCAUUUGACCCUGCUCCUCGUGCUGGUGGUUACGUUACGGACCGCUUCCUUACUGGCCUGCGUCCUCAGGAGUACUAUCACCAUUGUAUGGCUGGUCGUGAAGGUCUCGUCGAUACGGCUGUGAAGACAAGUCGAAGCGGUUAUCUUCAGCGUUGCUUGGUUAAGCAUCUUGAAGAUUUGCAGGUCGGCUAUGACCACACUGUGCGUAACGGCGACGGUAAUGUGGUUCAGUUCCUAUACGGUGAAGAUGGAAUUGAUCCAGUGCAAAGUGCCAUGCUGUCCGGUAAGGAUGCGCAGUUCGAUUUCCAGGCAAUGAAUCACCGCAGUAUCUCGCACAAGUACGGUAUCAACGCCAAGUUCUUCGAAAAGACGAAGCUGGACAUCAUGAAGCCUCUAAAGCUUCACCAAGAGGCUCGUGAAGCCAAAGAGAAUGACUUCACUAGCACGUCGACGGUGUUGAAGCCUGGUGUGAAGGUCAUGGCCAGACGCUUGAAACAAGGAGAGACCAAGUGGAAGCGGGGGCACAUUGAAAUUGGCUUGCAUGCAGCCGAGAUAGUGGCGGUGGCUGGCGAGACUGAGGAUCCUCGCGAGUGCACGUACGAUAUCAAAUACCUGGACACAGGCCUGAAGGCGUUUGGCGUGCCUCGCACUACCAAGUUUAAGGUCAGCAAAUCGAUCAACGCAACUCGUGCCAUGUCUGGUCGGGUAGUCAUUAUCAAGGUUUCAUUUGAAGACCCGGUCAUGCAGAGCUUGCCGUUGAACGAGCACGUCGGUUUAAUUUCGGAACGUAUUCAGGACAAGUUGCGCCAGUACAACAAGCGCAACCCUUCGAAAUGUUUGGAACUGAUGAAAAAGAAGAAGAGCAAAAAGUCUAAGAAGAGUAAACGUGCUGCAGACGGUGAGCUAGAUCGCGACGUCAUGCAGUCGAAGCAUGCCGUAAGCCCCGAUGCGUUUCAGCUUCUUGUAUGGGUAAAUUACCUUCGCAGUCUGUGCGCGCCUGGCGAGAAUGUCGGUAUCUUGGCUGCGCAGGGUAUUGGUGAACCUUCGACACAGAUGACGCUAAACACGUUCCAUCUUGCUGGCCAUGGUGCCGCUAACGUGACGCUGGGUAUCCCGCGUCUGCGUGAAAUUAUCAUGACGGCUAGUCAGAAGAUGUCGACUCCUAUGAUGACUAUCCCACUUCGCAGUGAUGUUGAGUCCUCACGGGCGCAGGAGGUGGAGCAACGUCUGAACCAGGUAUCUCUUUCGGAGCUUAUCAACAGUACCAACGGUGUUCGCGUUGAGGAUCAGUUCCACAGCAGCGAGAAUGGUAUUCUUUGGGUGCGCGAUUACCACAUCCGUUUGACUUUCUUCCAGCUGAAAGAGAUUAAACGCGUCUUCGAAUUGAGUGCUGACCAGAUAUUCAACUCUGUCGGACAAGGGUUCGUUGGCAAGCUGCUCACGCUUAUCUCCCGUGAGAUGAAGAAGAGUGGUGUGGCUGUAUCUGCUGCGGCGGAGAAGAACAGCUUUAGAGCAUCUUCGAAUUCAGAGGUGAACCGGAAAAAGAAAAGCGAUGAUGACGAUGACGACGACGAUGAUGAGCAGGGAACUCUUCGGUUUGGUAGCCGUGGAGAAGUCCAGGGUUAUGGCGAGAUGGACGAAGAGGACGAGAAGAUUCGGAAGUCGCAGAUGAUUAACGAGGACUCGGAUAUCGAUACUGAUGAUGAGACGGACAACAAGGAGAGCAAUCACUCUGGCAAUCCGGAUCACGAGUCCAUGGAGACCGUCUCCAAGAACCAACCGAAGAAGACCUUCACCGCUGACGGCAUGGACUCCCUUGACGUACCCAACAGUGUGCGCAAGAAUCCAUACUUUGUUUUCUGCGGACGUAACGACAAGGAGAACUUUGUGGAGUUGCACCUGCGUUUCCCGACGCACGCCAAGACGCUGCUGAUGGUGCCGCUCGUAGAGAAGGUCGCCAAGCAGGUGCUGGUGCAGUACUGCCCUGGCAUCUCACGCUGCUACUUGAUUAACCAGCGCAUUGGCGAAUCGCAGGAGGAGAAACCGUGCGUACAGACGGAGGGUCUCAACUUCCAGGAAAUUUGGGGCUUUGACGAUAUCUUGGAUGUCAACAAUCUUGCUACCAACGACAUUUACCAGGUGCUACAGACAUACGGUGUUGAAGCCGCACGCGCUAGUAUUUCAAAGCAGAUUACGGACGUGUUCGGCGUGUAUGGUAUCAGCGUUGACCCUCGUCACUUGAGCUUGCUGGCCGAUUACAUGACGACACAGGGCGGGUACAUGCCGCUCAAUCGUAUGGGUAUGAAUUACAAGGGUUCGUCCCUGCAGCAGAUUACGUUUGAAACGUCCAUGAAGUUCUUGUCGCAGGCUGCUUUGGGUGGUCUCGUGGACAAGUUAGAGAGUCCGUCUGCUCGCCUGGUGCUUGGCCAGCCUCCACGCGUGGGUACAGGCAGCUUUUCGCUUUUGCAGCCGGUUGCAAUAUAG